UGCUGAUCCAAUACCCUUUCUGUCUGCUGGCUGCAGAUCAAUGCAGUUAAUGAGAAACCCUGGUGCUGGGCAAGAGGCAACUGGCUGGGUGCUGGGAACGCUGCUGCUUCCCAGCAGGACUGGAACAGCCAGAAAAACCCACGCAGCUUGAGGAGCCGAGUCUGGGGCCACAGGGUUCGGGCAGAGCCGAGGACCAUGGCCAAGAUGGUGGAGUGUGUCCCCAACUUCUCGGAGGGGUGCAAUAAGGAGGUGAUUGAGGCACUGGGGCAGGCCAUCUCCCGGACACCUGGCUGCGUGCUGCUGGAUGUGGACGCUGGUGCCUCCACCAACCGUACCGUCUACACCUUCGUGGGGACCCCUGAAGCUGUCGUCGAAGGGGCGCUGAGCGCAGCCCGUGUGGCCGGGCAACUCAUCGACAUGAGCCAGCACACGGGUGAACAUCCUCGCAUGGGGGCCCUGGACGUCUGCCCCUUUGUGCCAGUGAUGAACGUCAGCAUGGAGGAGUGCGUUGCUUGUGCUCAUGUCUUCGGGCAGCGCUUGUCGGAAGAGCUGGGGGUGCCUGUGUACCUGUACGGAGAGGCGGCCCGAGAGGAGAGCAGGAGAACCCUACCUGCCAUCCGUGCCGGGGAGUACGAGGCACUCCCCGAGAAGCUCAAGAAACCCGAGUGGGCUCCCGAUUUCGGGCCCCCAACCUUUGUCCCCCGCUGGGGGGCCACAGUGACAGGGGCCCGGACCUUCCUCAUCGCGUACAACAUCAACCUGCUGUGCACCAAGGAGCUGGCGCACCGCAUUGCCCUCAACAUCCGCGAGCAGGGCCGCGGCUCCAGCCAGCCUGGACGCUUGAAGAAGGUUCAGGGCAUCGGCUGGUAUUUGGAGGAGGAGAACAUAGCCCAGGUUUCCACCAACCUGCUGGACUUUGAGGCUACGCCACUCCACGCCGUCUACGAGGAGGUCUGCCGUGACGCAGAGGCGUUGAAUCUCCCUGUGGUGGGGUCCCAGCUGGUAGGGCUUGUCCCAAAGAAGGCCAUGCUCGACACAGCAGAGUUUUACAUCAAGAAGGAAAAACUCUUCAUCCUGGAGGAGGAACACAAGAUCAAGCUGGUGGUCAGCCGGCUGGGCCUGGACUCCCUGUCUCCGUUCAACCCCCGGGAGCGCAUCAUCGAGUACCUGGUGCAGGCAGGAGAGGAGGACAAGGGGCUGGUGGCAAAGCCGCUGGGAGCCUUCGUGCGAGCAGUCGGCGGGAGGACAGCAGCACCAGGAGGAGGCUCGGUGGCUGCAGCUGCGGCCGCUCUGGGAGCAGCCCUGGGCUGCAUGGUGGGGCUGAUGAGCUACGGCAAGCGGCAGUUCGAGGAGCUGGAUCCCAUCAUGAGGAAGCUGAUCCCUCCCUUCCACCAGGCCAUGGACGAGCUGGUGGCGAUGGUGGACGCCGACUCCCAGGCCUUCAGCAGCUACAUGGAAGCCAUGAAGCUGCCAAAAAACACCCCUGAAGAGAGGGAAAGGCGUGGCGCUGCCAUGCAGCAGGGGCUGAAGACAGCUGUGAAAGUGCCCUGCACCCUGGCAGAGAAGGUGAACAGGCUCUGGCCUCCACUGAAGGAGCUGGCACAGCAUUGCAACCUGGCCUGCAAAUCUGACAUCCAGGUGGGAGCCAAAAUGUUGGAAGCUGCUGUGUUUGGAGCCUAUUUCAAUGUCAUGAUCAACCUCAAAGACAUAACGGAUGAGAAGUUCAAGCUUGCGAUGUCACAGAAGGUCUCCGGGCUGCUGGAGGAGGCGAAGCAAGGCUUGGCACUCGUGCUGGCGCUGCUGGAGAAGCGGGUGGCCUGAGAGGCGCUGAGGGCUGGGCCGGGAGAUGCACCGGGGAGGGGGGGGAUACACAAAUACAGCUGGGAAACACACUCGUUCCUGCCUGGGCUCCUUCGGCACCCGCCCCAGGGGAGCUGCUCCGCUCAGACUGGUCCCAGUGUUAUGUCCCCUGCCUGCGCUGGGCCUUCUUUGACCAAAGCUGGGCCCUGUGGUGCUGCAGGCAGUGGGCCCUCACCUGCCUGCAUGUCUCUGUGCCCAGAAUCACCCUGAGACACCCUCCUGACACGGGGCUAGGGCAGGGCCAGGCACCAGGGCCGUGUCCCUAGCGGUGCAGCAUCCCGGCGGCGCGUGAUGAGCCUGGUGCAUGGCAGGGAGGGAGCGCUGCCAAGCACAGGGCAGCACUGGGAGGCGGCGAGGAUGGCACUGGGUGGCACUGGGGGAGCUCUACCCCCUCUGCACAGCUCCCCGGAGAGGAAGGGCUGGGUCUGGUGGCAGAUGUCAGGCUGUCGCAGCACCCUGAGCUCAACCUGUUCACCCCCAGCCCCCUUUUCCCAUCAGCAGGGCCCCGAGCCCCCCAGCCCUACAGCAGCCCCAGUGGGGACGUGAUCCCCACACUGUCCCCCGGGCACGUUACCCAUGCUGGGGGCACUGCGCCAGGGUUCAAGGCAGGGACGCCUGAGUCACCCAUCACCUGACGCCAGCACCGUCCCUCCCGUGUUUUCUCCAGCCCUGCAGGACCUUUGUGCUGGGUGGGAGCGGCGCGCUGACGUCUCCCCGUGCCCAUGGUGACUGCGGGUUUCACUGCUCUCCGGUGUCACCCCGGCUGGGCAGGGCCCUGUAUUUUGUAUUUAAGGGGUGCCCACGGGCUAGCUUCACUGCCUCGGGAGAGCCACGUUGAGGAGAGCAGUCGGGGCUGUGAUCUUACAGAGGGCUCUGUUCUGCACGGCGGCUCGGAGCCAGUGAAGGAUGUGGAACCCCAACCAAGGACCGCCACCUCCGCAGGUGCAGAUCUGCCCACCUGCCCCUCCGACAUACCCGUACCCAGGGUCCUGCAAUUCAUCUGGGCCCUAUCCUGGCUACCCGGCAGUGCCCCCCAGUGCCCCUGGGGCCUGUCAGCCAGGACACCCAGCUGCUUGCCCCUGUGUCCCCCCCCAUCUGGCCACCACCCGCCAGGCCACCACCCGCCGGGCCACCACCCACCAGGACACCACCCGCCGGGCCACCACCCACCGGGCCACCACCACCACGAGCAUCACCCACCAGGGGUGCCGGGGUGCCCACCAGCCCACCCUGGCUGCCACCAGAAGCACCAUAAGAAGCACAAGAAGAAGCACUCCAAGUCCCACAAGCACCACGGUGGCAAGCAUUCAAGCAGCUCAAGCAGCUCGAGCAGUUCCGAUUCCGACUGAAGAGGACGUGUUCCACCCACACAGUGGUGAAGCCCCGGAGGAGACAGCAUAUGAAGACAAAUGUCCCAUGGGAACUACCUGCUUGCUCUUCUGCCCCUUUCUGCUGUCUCUGUGGUCUGCAUUUUGCCUGUUGAGUGAUUUUCUCGCUUUUAGUUUGUAAAUUGUUUGACCUGAAAUCACUGUAAGAGGACAAGCAGCAGCUCUGGCCUGUCUUUAGUGCAAAGGGGCUCUCAUCCCACACUGAGGGCCAUCCCCAAGACUGUGGGUAACAGCACACAAAAUUUCACGUGCUGGUCAGCAGUUGGUGGUUGUUUGUCCCUCUGGCAUGAUGCCAGCUGCAUCAUGGUCAAGGGCCCCAUUCCAAGGCAACACAGGGUAAUAAGAAAGAGAGGAAGUGAUAGGAACCAGCUCUGGCCAGUUACACUAACCUGUGAGAACAUAUGAAAAUAUAGGAACAUUUAUUCCAGCAGAAUAAUCUGAGGGAGGACUGCUAAAGUGGGAAGUAAUCAAUAAGCAAACCUCCCACUCCCACUAAUUGGUGAGCUAAUGAACUACAGGGGCCACCUGCAGGAAGGCUGAGCCUUGCAGCUGAUAAGAUUGUGAACCAAGUGGCCCCAGACUGGGAGGGCGCAGAAAACGCAGAGCUCUGCAAGCCCAUGGAGGUGUGCAGGGGGCCUGGGGAACAGGAGUAUCAAAGAGGAGGGACAGGUAGAAAAGGGUUAAAAAGGGUUGGUUGUGUGUAAAAUGCGGCCGGUCAGCAUGCUUGUCUGGCUAAGCCCUUUGCCUGAUCACCACAGUUUGUCCUUUCUUUUUAUAUCUUUUGCUCAUUAAAUCAUUUUUCUAACUCUG